AUGUCGUCGAUAUCAGCUGGUGGUGGUUCAUUUACAAAUCUUAAUCCUUCUCUUCCUCAACAACCGAUACGACCUAAUCCACAAACAAAUCCUUCGUCUACAAAUAUUGUAGCACCUUCAUCAAAUGACAUACCUCUUCCAACCUAUGAUACCAACGAUCCACGAGCAAUACUCAAAGCAUUAAUUCGUUUUAUAAUGCGUACAUUUUAUGAUAUUCCAAAAUCUCUUGUUAUUGAAUAUAUUUUUCAUCAUGAACGAAUAAAACAACAAGAUUUAGCUGAUCGUUUAUGUUUAGAUCCUAAAACAGUUCGUUCAUAUAUUCAAGAAUUUAAACGUGAUAAAUUUAUAAUCGAAGAUCAUCGUCUUGAAUCAAAUGAUGGUACAACUGGUCGACGUAAUCAAGAUCAAUAUUAUUAUAAAAUUGAUACAACAACAUUUAUUAAUGUUGUUAAAUAUCGUUUAAUUAAAAUGCAAAGUUAUGUAGAAAAUUUAGAGCGACAACAAACAUAUACACAAUCAAAUUAUAAAUGUGAACAAUGUUCAAAAGAAUAUACUGAAUUAGAUAUGUUAAAAUUAUAUGAUUCAACACAAAAUGCAUUAAUAUGUCUAUUAUGUGGUGGUAAUGUACAUGAAGAUGUUGAAAUAAAUGAAACAACAACAACAAAUAGACAAACAGCUAAUAUGAGUUUAUUUAAUGAACAAAUGCAACCAUUAUUUCAAAUACUUAAACGUAUUGAUGAAAUUAUGACCAAUGAUCAACAAAUGAAAAAUUCAACUGAUCAAGAUAUUUUUCAACAAAAUGGAAAUUCAUCAACAAUAAAUCAUCAUAUUAAUAAAGAAACAAUAUCAUUAAAUACACAUCGUUCACAAGCAUCAACUGUAUUUGAUCGUACAGCUACACUAAAUCAUGAUAUACAAAUAAUUAUUGAAAAAGAUGAUGAUGAUCAAUAUUCACAAAUGGAUAUUGAUGAAACAAGUAAUACAACAGAUUCAAUUAUAUCAUCAUCACGUGGUCCUGGAAAACCAGGUAAAAAAUCAACAAAAACAACACAAUCAACAGCUGAAGUUGCAACACAACCAUUAUCAACAAAAAUGAAAUUAACUAAUAAAAAAGUACCAUAUGAACCAAAACCAUUACCACAUUGGUUUGUUCAUUCAACGGUUUUUGUUGAUCAAGAUGAAGAACAUCGUUUACAUAAUUCAUCAUUACAUUCAACAACACAUUCAACAAGUAUUUCCCGUCAAUUAUCAAAUCAAAAAUUAAUGAAAUCAACAACUAUACAUGAUAUUAAACAAAUGUUACUUGUUCAUGAAUCACGAAGGAAAAAAAAUUUAACAUUAGCAACUAUGGAAGAUUCAUCAAGUCCACCAACACCAUUACAAAUGACAAAAAUAACUGAUUCACAAUAG